ACGGUAGUAAUUCUGCGAACGCCUCACAUGCGUUUGUAUGUUGACCUUUUCUCCAUCCUCUGUAUGUAUUUGCACGAUUUUCUUAAAUAUAAAGGGUAAAAGUGCGUGUUAAAGUUAGAAAUAUGGCUCUGAAUAAAAUACAGACGUAUCAUCGGAGCAUGUUCAGGUGUCUUCAGGAAGUGCUGUCUCAGAGAUGUUUGCUUGCGGUGUCUUCGUUUCACACCACGACCGCUCAGUCAAACUCCAACAGAUCCUCUGUGGUUCGCUGUAGCAGACAGAAAUAUGAGCGCAUGUACCCGGUGCUGCUGGUGCGUCCAGACGGCUCCACUAUUAAUAUCAGAUACAAAGAACCUCGGAGAAUACUAAUGAUGCCUGUGGACAUUACAAGUCUGUCAGAGGAGGAGAGAAAGGCAAGGAUGCGAAAGAGGGAUCCUAAGAAAGACAUGGCAAAACGAAAGGAUGAUGAGUUUGAUGAUGACUUUAAACUGGAGGACUACAGCAAGUUCUGGAAGAAAACAUAAACAGACCAGCUUUCUCUAUUCAGCAAAUAUAUGCCGUUUCACAUGUACAGAACUUACACUAGUGUGCUUUAUUUGUUUAUCAUCAAAUAAUUAA